GCGGGAGCUGCGGGCGUGUGCGCGGCGAGCGGGAGCGAAGGCUCAGUCAAAAGCAGCGACGAAACAUCAGCCGCUGCCAGACAUGGAUGAAGGAAUCUCCCGCUUGCCGGAGAGGCAGCUACUGGAGCAUAGGGAUUUUAUAGGGCUGGACUACCCUGCCCUGUAUAUGUGCAAACCUAAAAGAGGCGUGAAGAGGGACGACAGCAAGGAAACGUACAAACUGCCACACAGACUGAUAGAAAAGAAGAGACGAGACAGGAUUAACGAAUGCAUUGCCCAGCUGAAGGAUUUGCUGCCCGAGCAUCUCAAACUGACGACGCUGGGACACCUGGAGAAAGCGGUGGUGCUGGAACUGACUUUGAAACACUUGAAAGCGCUCACGGCCUUAACGGAGCAGCAGCACCAGAAGAUCAUUGCUUUGCAGAAUGGAGAGCGGUCCAUGAAGUCUCCGGUGCAGGCCGACUUGGACGCCUUCCACUCGGGCUUUCAGACGUGCGCCAAGGAAGUGCUGCAGUACCUCUCCCGCUUCGAGAGCUGGACCCCCCGCGAGCAGCGAUGCGCCCAGCUGCUCGGCCACCUGCACUCCAUCUCCUCGCAGUUCCUCCCCGGCCCCCAGCUCCUCUCCCCGCCGCCGGGCCCCCUCAGCAAGGGAUCCUCCUCCUCUUCCUCCCCGCCCGCCCCCCCCUGCGCGCCGGGCCACAAGCCGGAGGGCCAGGCUAACUGCGUGCCCGUCAUCCAGCGGACUCACGCCGCCGAGCUCAGCGCCGAGACCGACACGGACACGGACAGCGGCUAUGGCGGGGAGGGCGAGGCGCGCCCCGAGCGCGGCCCCGCGGCGGCGGCGGCUGGCGGGGCGCUGCCUGCCCUGGCCAUCAAGCAGGAGCCGUCGGGGGACGAGGUGCCCCCCGCGCCCAAGCGGCGGAAGCUGGACCGUGGCCCGAGCCCCCUGCCCGGCCCGCCGGGGCUGGCGGCGAGGGGCGCAGAGGCGGCGGCGGCGGCCGCGCUGGUGAGACCCGACGCCGCCCUGCUGGGCUCGCUGAUGGCCCUGGGCGCGGGAGGCGGCGGGGCCCCCUUCGGACAGCCGGCGGCCGCCCCUUUCUGCCUGCCCUUCUACUUCAUCUCGCCCUCCGCCGCCGCCGCCUACAUGCAGCCCUUCCUGGAUAAAAGCAGCCUGGAGAAGUAUCUCUACCCCGCCGCCCCCAUCCCGCUGCUCUACCCGGGCAUCCCUGCCCAGGCGGCCGCCGCCGCGGCCGCCGCCGCCGCCUCCUUCCCCUGCCUGUCCUCGGUGCUCGGCCCCGCCGAGAAGGCAGCGGCGGCCGCCGCCGCCGGCCUGCCCCCGGCACCCCACCUCCCCACCCCUUCGCUGCUGCCGCCGCCGAGCCCGGCGAGGAGCCCGAGCCCGCGGCCGCCGAGGAGUCCGGUGCCGAGGGCCCGUGAGACGCCCCCG